AGUUGAGCCUCAGAUUAAAUUUCUUUGUCACGACUCAAAACACUAACCUGUUUAACAGGUUAGGGAGGGAGAGCAGGAAGGUGCACACACACACACGCGCGCGCGCACACACACACACACACACACGCACGUGAAGUGGCGAAUGGCCAACGUCACAACCCAUUUCAAUGAGUUGAAGAACGAGGAAGAGGUAUCCACCCGGUGCAGAUAAUUAGAAGUCAUCAAAACAGUAAUACUGUCCGCUUAUUGAGGGGCUCUUUGUUGAUAAACCAAGUGUCACUUUCGGGGCGAGGGUGGGGGGCAAGUGGAGUGAUGGUCCGCAGCUGUAACGACGGCUGGUGCGCCCUGCUCGUGGAGCGACACCAGUCCGCGCUGAAUUUUGCGCUGCUGGUUGCCGGUUACGUUGUUUACCUCCUGGUCGGCGCCGGGAUCUUCUCCGCCAUCGAGCAGCCCUACGAGCAGGAUCUCCGCGACGAGCUGAAGGCGGCCCGGCAGGACUUCCUGAGCAACAACACCUGCGUGUCCGACGCGCGCCUGGAGGAGCUUCUGGCCCGCGCGCUACAGGCCAGCAACUACGGAGUGAGCGUGCUGGGCAACAGCACCCAGCGGAACUGGGACUUCGUGUCCUCCCUUUUCUUCACCAGCACCGUGCUGACCACGACAGGUUAUGGCCACUCUGUUCCCCUCUCAGACGAAGGAAAGGCCUUCUGCAUCUUCUACUCCCUUUUUGGCAUCCCAGUUACCCUUUUCUUCCUCACGAUUAUGGUGCAGAGGAUCAUGGUGGCGGUGACCCAACGCCCAUUGUCCUUUCUCCACCAUCGAUGGGCCAUGUCUAAACCGAAGCUGGCUGCCAUACACGCUACCUGCCUAACCAUCAUCACGACCCUGCUAGUCCUCAUCAUCCCCGCGUGGAUCUUAGACAACCUGGAGAAGGAGUGGGAUUUUCUGGAGUCUCUUUAUUUCUGUUUCAUCUCUCUGACAACCAUUGGCCUUGGGGAUUAUGUCCCUGGAGAGACCCAGGGUGAAGAGGAGAACCGACACCCACAGCUCUACAGGCUGGCGAUUACAGGCUACUUGCUGCUGGGCUUGGUGUGUGUGCUGGUGGUGCUGGAGACGUGUUACGAGCUUCCGCAGACGAAACGCCUCUCACAGAGGUUUUACAAAGAAAAAGUUCGGGAGCUGGACUCCGAGACCACCAACAUCAUCGACCGCGAUCACCUGAGCGAUGCCUCGGAUCUCGCGACAGGUCACCUACCGGUUAUCCCCUCUGUCUCAGAACAGGCGGCGUCCCUAGGGAUGGACAACAAGUCGACGCCUUACACCCCGGUGUCAGGAUCUGCUGCCAAAAGCAAAAUGAGUUGACACAUUGUGGUCAACUCAUUUUGCGGGAACUAUGAUCAAAAUAAUGUCUGUUAAGGACACACCUGCUUUUUUACCUCUAAAUGUAUAUAUAUAUAUGAGUUCACAGGGAGUCUGAGCACUCCCUGUGUGUGUAUGUGUGUGUGUGUGUGUGUGUGUGUGUGUGUGUGUGUGUGUGUGUGUGUGUGUGUGUGUGUGUGUGUGUGUGUGUGUGUGUGUGUGUGUGUAUAAACUGUGUCAUUUAAUCACUUGAAAGAGGCUUUCUGCCAUUGGCUACACCAACGACAUUCUUUGGUGUAACAGCAGGAACCACCCUCAGAUUAUCAGGAUGGCAUUGUUGUCUCGUUCUCCCAUGUAGCUCCAAUUUUCCGCAGAUAAGAACCCUAUCUGCGACACAGCGGAAAGGCUGGGCCCCCAAACGGAGGGAAACCCCACAAGGUUCCACUUCCUGCCAAAGCCUUGAUGCAAUAAUUCCGAAGUAGAACGGUUUGCCCGAGAGGAUUUCACACCCGUUCUUGUCACGUUAUGUAAUCUAUGGUGGUAUUUGCAUAGGACAUUUGCCUUCUUGUUGGAAACAGCACCAGGGGAAUAAGGUAUUUUCCUACUGUACAUUUUUUUUAUAGGAUUCCUAUAUAAAUUAAUUGCUGAAUUGAAUUGGGUGGACCAAAAAAUAGAAACAUGUCGGGGUAAAAAUAUAGUUUAACAGAUGUCAACCUCAAUAAUAUCAUAUUACAUCUUUCUAAAAAUAUUUUUAAACAAAAACAGAAAAAAAGUUUCAUGAAAAGAAGAUGUAUUGUAGCAGUUGUAGUAGACUGCAUUAGUUUUAGUUGGCUGUAACUCAUAAACCUUUAGUGUAUUUCAAUUAAUCGUACUGCAAUGUGUGCCCUCUCACCACUAGAGGGAAGCACUUUCAUUUUAUGCACAAACGGGUUAGAUUUUUUUUCUUUACUGGGAUUUUAUCUGUCAUGGUGCUCAGGAGAAAGUUGAAAUCAAAAUAUAACAAUGCAAGAAUGCCACAGCUAAGGCUGAGCGAGCAUGUUGUUCUUUUAAAUCAUCAAUUUUGCUUAUAUUUUCACUGUCAUUUAUCUGUCUAUAAUUAAGAACAAAACAUUGUAGUGGUAGUUUUAAAAACAAUCAACUUCCUGUAUAAAAUGUUAAUAAAUAAUGCAUUCAA